UCUUGCGCAGCUUACCAAGGGAAGACAUCUGUCAGCACUGUGGGCACCUCCACCUCUGCUUACCGCCUGAGCCUGGCCACCAUGUCCCGCUCCAACACUGGCACUGGCACAGUAUGGGAGCAGGACAGCGAGCCUUCCCAGCAGGCCUCGCAGGACACGCUGAGCCGCACAGAUGAGGAGGAUGAAGAAAAUGACUCCUUGAGCAUGCCCAGUGUGGUAAGUGAACAAGAAACAUACCUUAUGGGUGCCAUUGGGAGGAGGCGGUUCUCCAGCCAUCUCUCCAGCAUGUCUGCACCUCAGGCUGAGGUGGGCAUGUUACCUAGCCAAAGGUAACAACAUGGGCUUUUC